AUGGGCAGCAUUCCUGCAAGAAGCAAUCCCGCCACCGCCUUUGGUGAGCUGCCACCCUUCCAGCCACUCAACGACGAUGACAUACGCUCCUACCUCCACAAGGCCGUCGACUUCGUUUCUGACUACUACAAGUCCGUCGAGUCCAUGCCGGUGCUGCCCAGCGUCAAACCUGGCUACCUGCGGGAUGAGCUCGGAGCGUCUCCGCCGGUGCACCCAGCCCCUUUCGACGUCGCCAUGAAAGAGCUCAGGGCGUCUGUGGUGCCUGGUAUCACACACUGGGCCAGCCCAAACUUCUUCGCGUUUUUCCCGGCGACCAAUAGCGCGGCUGCUAUCGCCGGAGACCUCAUUGCCUCCACAAUGAACACCGUCGGGUUCACGUGGCAGGAGGCUCCCGCUGCUACAGAGAUGGAGGUGCUCGUGCUCGACUGGCUCGCGCAGCUUCUGCGGCUUCCAAGGAGCUUCAUGAACUGCACCGGUGCUUCCCGGGGGACAGGCGGCAGCGUCAUUCUAGGGACGACGAGCGAGGCCAUGCUCGUCACGCUUGCCGCCGCCCGUGACAUAGCGAUGAGCCGGAGUGGGGCCGGGAUUUCGAACCUGGCCGUCUAUGCUUCUGACCAGACCCACUCCACGUUUUUCAAGGCGUGUCGGCUGGCGGGCUUCGACUCUGCAAAUUUCCGCUCAAUUCCCACCGGGCCAGAGACUGACUACGGCAUCGACCCGGCGAACCUACUCGCCGCCAUGCAGGCUGACGCCAUGGCCGGCCUUGUGCCGACCUACGUUUGUGCCACGGUGGGCACCACGUCGUCCAAUGCUGUUGACCCCAUAGGUGACGUCGCCAAAGUCGCGGCUAUGUUCAAUGCAUGGGUCCAUGUCGACGCCGCCUACGCCGGCAGCGCGUGCAUUUGCCCAGAGUUUCGGCACCACCUCAACGGCGUCGAGCGCGUGGACUCCAUAAGCAUGAGCCCGCACAAGUGGCUGCUCACGUGCCUGGACUGCACCUGCCUCUACGUGCGCGACGCACACCGCCUCAGCCAGUCGCUGGAGACUAAUCCCGAGUACCUCAAGAACGAUGCCAGCAUGUCCGGCGACGGCACUGACCUCCAGGACAUGCAGGUCGGAGUCGGCCGCCGCUUCCGUGGCCUCAAACUUUGGAUGGUCAUGCGAACCUACGGCACCGCCAAUCUCCAAGAGCACAUCCGCAGAGACGUCGCCAUGGCCAAGAUGUUUGAGGACUUGGUCCAUGCUGAUGAUCGGUUCGAGAUCGUCGUGCCGAGAAACUUUGCUCUCGUCUGCUUCAGGAUCAAGGCGACUAGAAUUAGGGCGGACGACGAGGUGAACCGUUUGCUCAUGGUAAACGUGAACAAGACCGGCAAGGCGUACCUUGCGCACACAGUGGUAGGUGGCAGGCUCGUCCUGCGCUUCGCCGUGGGAUCGUCACUUCAGGAGGAGAGACACAUUUUGAGCGCUUGGGAGCUCAUCAGGAAGACGGUCGGUGAGAUGAUGAAGUGA